UAAUUUUUAUUAGAAAUGUGUACAUGAUCUAUAAUUUCCCUUCAAGACGCCAACUCCCCUUCAAUAGAACACCUUACUAUAUUUCACGACUAUAUUUUAAUAAUUAAUAUUUUAAUUACUAUAAUAGUAGUAUAUAUUAUUUCAUCUAUUUCUUUAAAUAAAAUUAUUAAUCGAACAUUAAUACAAAAUCAAUUAAUUGAAUUAAUUUGAACUUUUAUUCCAAUAAUUAUUUUAAUUUUUAUAGCAUUCCCAUCUAUUAAAAUUCUCUAUUUAAUGGAUGAAAUUUUUUCUCCUAUAAUAACAAUUAAAUGUAUAGCUCAUCAAUGAUAUUGAAGAUAUGAAUAUUCAGACUUUAAUAACAUUGAAUUUGAUUCUUUUAUAAUUCCCACUGAAGAACUAAAUAAAAAUGAAUUCCGAUUAUUAGAAGUAAGAAAUCGUAUAAUCAUUCCCUUAAAUACACAAAUUCGGUUAUUAAUCUCAUCAGUUGAUGUAAUUCAUUCGUGAACAAUUCCCUCUUUAGGAAUUAAGGUCGACGCAACACCAGGUCGAAUCAACCAAACUAACCUUAUAACAAUCCGACCUGGAUUAUUUUAUGGUCAGUGCUCUGAAAUUUGCGGAGCAAAUCACAGAUUUAUACCAAUUAUUGUAGAAUCAACCAAUAUUAAAUAUUUUAUUUCAUGAAUUAAAAAAUUUAAUUAAUAAUUAAUAAUUUUAUUAUAUUAUU